AUGGAAUCAGUUGGACGUAGGGAUCGUGAUACUGUCGGUGGUUGGUAUAGUUCUCGAAGAGGUCGAGUCGAAGAUCAUUCCGAUCAAUCCAACGAUAAUUCGGUCCUGAAGCUGUUGAAAAUGGCGAAAGGAAUAAGAGCCCUCUUGGACACGGUAAUGCAGGCGUUACCGCAGGUCGGGAAUCUGGGACUAUUAUUUUUUCUGCUCUUUUUCAUCUUCGCAGCUCUCGGUGUGGAACUGUUCGGCCGUUUAGAAUGUAGCGACGAAAUGCCUUGCCAAGGUCUCGGCGAGCACGCCCAUUUCAGUAAUUUCGGAAUGGCGUUUCUGACGCUUUUUCGCGUGGCCACCGGCGACAAUUGGAACGGUAUCAUGAAGGACACGCUGAGGGACGACUGCGACGAAGCGGCCGACUGCGUGAAGAACUGUUGCGUGAGCACCAUCAUAGCCCCGAUAUUUUUUGUAAUUUUCGUGCUGAUGGCGCAAUUCGUUCUCGUCAACGUCGUCGUCGCCGUGCUCAUGAAACACCUGGAGGAAAGCCACAAACAGAUGGAGGACGAGCUCGACAUGGAAACUCAGCUGGAGAGGGAACUGGCCGCGGAGCAGGAGGAGCUGUUGGAGGUCGAGGAAGAAGAGGAGGACGAUGAAAUAGUGAAACGGAAAAUGGACGACGAUGGUGGCGUUGAGGAGGACGACGACGUUAGAGAACGCGAGUCUAUCUUAGUGACGAACGAGAAGAUCCCUGCUAGCAGGCCUGGCCUCGCUAAAGUUCGUUCCUUGCCUGCGAAUUUUAUUUACAAUCCACCACGAGAGAGAAACGCAGACGAUGGAACGAUUUCGGUGUCGCUGUCGCGGCGCAGCUCGUAUCAUCGUUCCAGUUCAAGGCCGUCCAAGUUCAAAUCGAAGCGCCGACAGACGUUUCACUCGGGGCACCACCAGAGGAGGUCCUUACUGCCGAUGCAUUUCGAAGUCGCCGAAGUAUUCGAGAAGCCAGUGAGCAAUCUGAGCGUGCCACGAAUUAUCCCGCAGCGCAGCCACGGCGCAGCCAGCAGGGAUACCAACAUCCACGCUCAGCGCCUAAGGUUACAGGCGACCAGCAGCGACGGGCAGGAGAACAAGUCGCUGUUGAGCGUGAGCAAGCCUUGUGUGUCACCUUGCGGCUCGGUAGCCACUCUGCCCUGUCAGAGACAGGUGAGCGAACGUUAUCUUCUGCCAACGGCCACUAUUUACCCGUCCAAGGCAACGUUGAGUCGCAGGCCAUCGAGCGACACGCAAUCGCAGUCGCAGUCGCAGUCGCAGUCGGACGUGAGCACGACGGGAGGCGGCAGCAGCGUGGCCAGGCGUGUCAGCAGCGACAGAUCCGACGACAGAUCGAAGUCGAGGAACGAGCGACGGGUAUCCGCUCCUCCGCCGGCGGACGAUCUCGACGUGCAGUCGAUCAUUAACGAAAGGAGACCGUCCAAGCUGAAGAGCGGAGGAGGAGGAGCAGCAGCAGCAGCAGCAGCAAGUUCCACAGGGACGACGAUUGGAGUUGGUGAGCAGCAGUGCUCGUCGUCGACCGCUCGCUACGUGUGCCUGCCUGGGGAACGAUCGGAGGAGGUGUCGCCGAUGUCCACGACGGGGAACACGAGCGACAGCAUGAUGGGGAGCGCGAGCAUGAGCGGCAGCGGCAACGUGCCGGAGAUCACGGUCUGCGCAACCAUCGGCUCGGACGUUCGCAUAUACGUGGACGACACCGACUCGACGAGCAGCAACAAUCAACAGAGGAGCAGGCCGAACGAGGAGGCCGCGUCGGACGCGUCGACGAGCGGCUCGUCGGUCACCGCGGUGCCCGAGGCCACCGACGCGACCGACGGCUCGGAUCCUGCUUCCUAA